UGUGCAUGGACAAAGGUGCGUGUCGAUACUCUUUUGCUGCUAGUGUAUUCAAAGUAGAGCACCAUUAUGAUGGAGAUGAUUGGCAGGCACAAAAGCGGAAAACACAUCAGAGCCUUUGGGGCCCAGGAAGGAGCAUACGUCAACAUGGACUCCGCCAUGGAUGAAGAUGAUGAAAAAAAGUUGAACCGACACAAUUCCACUUUCAGUUUGCUGAAGCAGAAAGUAGCUGCACUGAAACACUUAUGCGUCCAACACCGAGACACAAUAGUUCUUCUUCUGAAGCUGCUUGUCGCGGCAGGCUGGGCUGCCGUGGUGAUUGCGGCCUGCGUGCUGAAUUUCCAUCGGGCCAUUGGGUUGCUGGUUAUCUCCUCACUGGUUCUCUUCUUCCUCAUCUGGGAUUGGACGAUGGCACGCUACGGUGAUCGGAUAUGGGAAGGGCUGCUUCCUGUCCGGGACCUGGCCAGCAAACAGUGGAUUCGACUCAGAUGGCUGAUAUGUGCCUGUGUGCUGGUGGGCCUUGUGUGCUGGUUGGUACUGGACACAGCCAAACGAGGAGAAAGACAACUGGUGUCUUUUUUCGGUUUGCUGCUCCUCAUCUUUCUCAUGAUGCUUUUCUCCAAGCAUCCUUUUUGUUGGUCUUGGCAACCGUUGUUCUGUGGACUCGGGCUGCAGUUUAUCUUUGGGCUUCUCGUUCUGAGGACAUCCUUUGGUUUAAAAGCACUGGAAUGGCUCGGCUACUAUAUUGAGGUCUUCAUAGCCCACACGGAUGUUGGCUCUCGUUUUAUCUUUGGGGACAAUUACGAGGAUCACUUCUUCAUCUUCAAGGUGAUGCCCAUCUUGAUUUUCAUGAGUUCCUUCAUCUCUAUUCUCUACCACCUGGGCUUCAUGCAGUGGCUGAUUUACAAGAUGGGCUUCAUAAUGCAGGUUACCAUGGGAACGUCUUCGGUCGAAUCGAUGGCAGCAGCGGCGAACAUCUUCUUGGGGCAGAUAGAAACCCCCAUUUUGAUCCGACCCUACAUCAGUGGGCUCACACUGUCCGAGAUCCACGCCUUGAUGACGGGAGGCUUUGCCAGCAUUGCCGGGACCCUCUUGGCUGUCUUCAUCUCCUUCGGGGUGGAAGCGUCGCACUUGAUGACUGCGUCGUUGAUGUCUGCUCCCGCCUCGCUGACCGUCUCGAAACUUUUCUGGCCAGAAACAGAGACGCCCAGCACAAAAUCAAGCCCCGACGUCAAAGUCAAACAGGAAAGCACCAACAUUCUGGAGGCUGCAUCACAAGGGGCCAUCUUUGCAGUGAGCCUGGUGGGCAACGUGGUGGUCAACCUCUUGUCCUUCACAGCGCUGUUGGCUUUCUUAGAUGGCGUCGUCUCCUGGCUGGGGGCCAUGUUUGACUACCCGCAGCUCAGCUUCUCGCUGAUGUUUUCGUACGUCCUCAUGCCCCUGGCGUUCAUUAUGGGAGUUUCGUGGGAGGACAGCUUUGUAGUCGCUGAGCUGGUGGGACUUAAGACCUUCCUCAACGAAAUCGUGGCUUACCAGAAGCUAUCGCUGUUGAUGAAGAGGCGCAAGGCUGGCGGACCGGAAUACGUCAACAACGUAAAACAAUACAUUUCUGUCCACUCCGAAACAAUCGCCACGUACGCCCUGUGCGGCUUUUCCAACUUUGCCUCUCUCGGCAUGUCGAUUGCAGCACUGAUAUCAAUGGCUCCGGAGAGACAGAGCGACAUUUCCUCUUGUGGCGUCCGAUCCCUGAUUGCAGGCUGCGUUUCCUGUUUCAUGACGGCCUGUGUCGCAGGCACACUGUACAUUCCCAAACUGGAGUGCCCAAACUACCUUAGCAUCACAUUGAACAGCACCAACGUGACGGUAGCCACAGAGCUGCUCACCUGCUGCACACAACUUUACAACAGCGUGACGGUGCAUGAGCCGUGGAACUUCACCUUGAAAGAGUUCACCGAAAGUAGUUUGCAAGCGUGCUGCGCGCUCACGCCCUCCUCGUCACACUUCAACUGUAGCUGGCUGCUUUGACGCACCACAUGUUGAUCAUGUUUACUUUGAUCGGCUAAUUUUAGUAUGACGCCAGGAGGAAUACAUUUGUUUUCUUUUGUUUUAAUGAGCUCUUGUCCCGAAGAAUUGACAUAGGCCUGGUAGUAAAUCUUGUUUUACACAGUGUCAUGUAACUAGGACUUUAGAGAAAGAAGCUCUAAGACACAAAGCAAGAAAACCUAACUCAUUAAUAACAAGGACAAUUUCCAUGGCAUCCAUUGUAGCCUGGCGGUCCUGGAAGGAAGAUCCAGGAAGGUUUCCCAUUUUCCUCAAUUUGGGUUUUUGGAGUUUUUCCUUGCCCUCCUGGGGUUCAAAAUCAGAGGGUAUCUCUAAUAUUAUUGUUAAUAUUUGUCACUUGUGGGCAUGUGAGACGUUUUUGCAAUUAUAAAAAAAAUCUGACUUGACUCUGACAUGAUAGACCAAAGAUAAUUGCUCUUUAUUUUCAUCUAUGUCAGUGGAUUUAUAUUUAAUGUUGCAUUUCAAAAUGUUUUACAAGAAUUGACGAAGGAACAACUUGUAAUUCUUGUUCUGUUUGAAUGAUGUAUUGUUUAUUUAAAUGAGAUCUGCUCUUCUAUAAUAAAAACAACGUCUAUGACACACUAAAGACAAA